CCGCUAUCCUUUUCGAGUUUCGAUAAAUCCAACAUGGCGGAUCAAACGUUUGUUCAGCGAGUGUAAUUGUUUUGGACAAUUUUUAUUAGCAAAAUCCAAAUAUUGGAAGAGAGAACGAAGUUGAUGAUUCAGUCUAUUUGAUUUUAUUGGAGCUGAAAGAUUCUAUGCCCCUAGAGUAGUGUUAUUUUAGGUGAAACGAUGGCUAACUUGUCAAGUUGGGUCGCGGAUAAAUUGCACGAUGUCCUAGGAUUUUCGGACAAACACACUUCGGAAUACCUUCUUAGUUUGGCGAAAAGCUCUGAAAGCUCAGAGGAAAUGGUCAGUAAGAUUUCAGAUAGUUUCGGAGCUGACGAGAAACUCGUUGGAUUCGCUAAGGAAAUGUGGUCGAGGGUUCCACACAAACAACAAACAACUGAGAAUCCAUAUCGGGCUCGUGAGCGAGAAAUACUAAAACAACGAGAGAAAUUCGCCAGUUAUAAACUACUGUCCGACGACGACGAGGAAGAAGAAGCUCCCAAACCAUCUCAAACUGAUAGAAAGAGGAAACAUUUGCGACAAAAAACAGAGACUAGUUCAGACAGCAGUGAAGAUGAGGGGAGGGGUGCAGAGACGAGCAGGGUCUCCCCAGGGGGGGAGAGUGAGUCAGAGGAUGAGUGGGAGAGGGUGGAAAAUGAACGAAUGAAGGACUUGGAAGAAAGGGAUGCUUUUGCUGAAAGGUUAAAGGCCAAAGAUAAAGAAAAGCAAAGGAACAUUGUGGAGAGAUCAGACAGAAAGGCAUUUGAAGAGGCUCGCAAAAGACUACAAUUGGACGAAGAAGAUAGAAAAAAAAUGUUACCUGAACUAAGAAAAAAGUCACGUAGAGAAUACGUCAAGAAAAGAAAAGUUGAAAAACUUGAGUCACUCCAAGAGGAUAUCAUGGAUGAUGAAUAUUUAUUUGAGGAGGAUAAACUCAGCCGAAGAGAGAAAGCAGAACGUGAUUACAAGAGGCGGGUGCUAUCCCUUGCCAAAGAGCAUCAAAAUGCUAGCAAGCUAGAGAAAGUCCAAAGGUAUCAAAUGCCAAAAGAGAAAGCACAGCCUUCCCAAUAUGAUGAAAUUCUCGAUGAUGAAAAAGGGCCCAAUUAUGAACAGAAAAAAUGGGAAGAAGAUAAACUUGGCCAUGCGCAGAUGAGAUUUGGCGCUAAGGAUGCAAAAGACAAAAAUAAGCCUGCUGAGUAUGAACUUCUUGUUGAAGAAGAACAAAUCAACUUUGUGAUGGCACAGCAAAUCCCUGGCUCAAACAAACCAGCGGAGCCACAGAUGUCAGAAAGUGAAAGAAAAAUGCAGACGAUACAGGAGGUUCGACGAAGCCUUCCUGUGUAUGGUUAUAGAGAAGAGUUACUAGAAGCAAUAAGCGAGCAUCAGGUGUUAAUAAUUGAAGGAGAGACUGGCUCUGGAAAGACCACACAGAUUCCACAAUAUCUUUAUGAAGCAGGCUACACUAAGGACAAGAAAAAGAUAGGCUGUACUCAGCCACGGCGUGUGGCUGCGAUGAGUGUUGCUGCGAGAGUGUCGGAGGAAAUGGGAACUAAGCUAGGCAAUGAGGUUGGAUAUAGCAUUCGUUUUGAAGACUGCUGUUCAGAAAGGACAAUCCUUAAGUACAUGACAGAUGGAAUGCUGCUACGCGAAUUUCUUGGUGAACCAGACCUCGCUAGCUACAGUGUGAUGAUUAUUGAUGAGGCCCAUGAGCGGACGCUGCAUACAGAUAUCCUGUUUGGACUUGUGAAGGACAUUGCUCGCUUCAGACCUGACAUCAAGCUCAUUAUCUCGAGCGCAACUCUUGAUGCUGACAAGUUCUCAUCGUUCUUUGAUGAUGCUCCCAUCUUCCGUAUUCCUGGCAGACGCUUCCCUGUUGAUAUUUACUACACCAAGGCUCCUGAGGCAGAUUACCUAGACGCCACGGUUGUAACAGUCUUACAGAUCCACAUUACUCAGCCUGAUGGAGACGUCCUCGUCUUUCUCACGGGCCAAGAAGAGAUUGAAACUGCCCAGGAACUUCUGCAGGACAGGACACGUAAACUUGGCUCCAAGAUCAAGGAACUCAUCAUCCUUCCUAUUUACUCUACACUCCCCUCAGAUCUACAGGCAAAAAUAUUUGAGCCCACUCCCCCUGGGGCUAGAAAGGUGAUUCUAGCAACAAACAUUGCGGAGACUUCAUUGACGAUCGAUGGCAUUAUCUAUGUGAUCGAUCCUGGAUUCUGCAAACAAAAAAGCUACAAUCCACGCACGGGGAUGGAGUCUUUGGUGGUCACGCCUAUAUCCAAGGCGUCUGCAAAUCAGCGUGCUGGGCGAGCCGGCCGUGUGAACGCAGGUAAAUGCUUUCGUCUGUACACCGCAUGGGCCUACAAUAACGAACUCGAAGAGAACACGAUCCCGGAGAUUCAGAGGACCAACCUCGGGAACGUGGUACUGCUGCUUAAGAGUCUGGGAAUCAAUGACUUGAUCCACUUUGACUUCAUGGAUCCUCCUCCUGCCGAGACGUUGAUAUUAGCAUUAGAACAACUGUAUGCCCUGGGGGCGCUCAACCACCACGGAGAGCUAACUAAGCUUGGACGGAAGAUGGCGGAGUUUCCUGUAGAUCCCAUGAUGUCAAAGUCUCUUAUAGCAGCGGAGAAAUACAAAUGCGUUGACCAGAUGUUGACCAUAAUCGCCAUGCUCUCCGUCAACAAUGCCAUCUUCUACCGACCCAAGGACAAAAUCGUGCACGCGGACAACGCCCGGACAAACUUUUUCCGUCCGGGGGGUGACCACCUGACGCUGUUGAACGUGUACGACCAGUGGGCGGAGACGGACUACUCCACGCAGUGGUGCUAUGAGAACUUUAUCCAGCAUAGAUCGAUGAAGCGCGCGCGAGACGUGCGCGAACAGCUCGAGGGCUUGAUAGAGCGCGCCGAGAUAGAGAUGAGUUCCAACCCUGGAGACUUCACCGCCAUAAGAAAGGCUGUCACGGCAGGAUUUUUUUACCACACGGCACGUCUUGGUCGCGGAGGGCAAUAUCGCACUGUAAAACACCAACAGACAGUGAUGGUCCACCCGAACAGCAGUCUGUUCCAGGAACAGCCCAAGUGGGUCAUUUACCACGAGCUCGUCUUUACUACCAAGGAAUACAUGAGACAAGUAAUAGAGAUCGACAAUAUGUGGCUUCUAGAGGUAGCCCCUCAUUACUACAAGAACAAAGAGGUGGAAGACAGCUCGUCACGCAAGAUGCCCAAAAAGGCUGGCGUUACAGGGCAACAAGUCAGGUCCGUUUGACAAACUGGCCUUUGAUUCACGCAAUAUCGUCACGCAAGAUGCCCAAAAAGGCUGGCGUGACAGGGCAACAAGUCAGGUCCGUUUGACAAACUAGCCUUUGAGUCACGCAAUAUCAUCACGCAAGAUGCCCAAAAGGCUGGCGUGGCAGAGCAACAAAUCAGGUCAAUUUGACAGAGUAACUGGCCUUUUAAGUCACGCAAUAUCGUCACGCAAGAUUCACAAAAAGGCUGGCGUGCGAGGGAGAUCCCUGUGAAAUAGCAACCUUCGGCCUCGUAGGCUAUUUGCUCAGAGCCCAUUAGAAUCCAAGAAAUAAUCGUUAAGUAUCACGUAAACCUUGUAAACCAAAGUGCAAUUGAGCUUGCCUCAACGGGGCUCGCAUAUAACGGAAACUGGCAUAACGGAACUGAGGUCCGAGUCCCUUCUUCAAGUUCUACUGUGUCACGUAGGCCUGAAUAGUCAGUCGCGUUUCAUAUAACGGAAACCUCUUAUAUACGAGUUCUGCAGUGUAAUGCGAUUGAGGUGAGCAGCUCUUCUCUGUGUCUCAUUUAAAGAGUUACUUUCAUGAUUGCCUUUAGGUCUUACAAGCGUAUUACUUUUUGCGAUCCGCUGUCCUUGGGCACGGAUUGCGGGCUCAGAAUCGAUUGGUAAUCGAAUCUAAAUUGCCGUAUAUUGAACAUGUGGGUCUAAUAUUCUUGUAAAAAUUGUGAACAUAUUUGUACUCUAGCCCACAGUAACUUACCUUCAUAUGUUCAAAGUUUUAUACUGGAGAGUCAUGAAUUAAAAAGCGUCUAUCUUG